AUGAAGAUUAGUAUUUCCUUGGCUUUAGCCUACAUCUCAUUGGUCCCCUGGAUUGGUGCUAAACCUAGCAAGACUAAGAAGAGUAAUCAAAGUGUUAAGGUUAGCAAGCCUGUAAAUAUCUGGGCUGAGAAAACUAGUUUGGUCGAGUUGUCUCCGGAGUUAGAGAUGGCGAAGAAGUUCUUUACCCAAAAGUUGAAGCGGGGCUCUGCCUCAGUUGAUUAUAAGGAUCUAUUGACUAAACAGACGAUUUUGACCCAGUCCGUGCCUAAGCUGGUUCAUUUGGUUCAGGAGUCCUAUGGAAUUAUUGACUAUGCUUAUUCUGAAGCGAAGGAGUCUCCUGAUGUUGAUCACACCAAGCUAGUUGAUCGAGGCCGGUUGGUAACUGAAAGUAUAACUGCCGUUCUUCAGCACAAUACUGAGUUGGUUGGGUUUCACGCAUACGUUCUGAAUGACAUGCGCCACUCCAAUAGGACUAUGAUGCCUUGGUGGGUCGUUUCUCAGCUAGUUCAGAAAGAGAAAGAUGACAUCGAUACUAAUGCGAUUGGUAUUUGGACCGACCAGCUGACUUAUGGUUUGUUUAACAGUCGAACUAGCCCAUGGGCUAUUCUUUGCAAUGGAGUGACUACCAUGAAGCUAUUACUGAAUUACAGACACGAAGGAAAGCUAAAGCGCUGGUCUCAGGCAAAAUUGAUCGAGGAGAUUAAUGUAAGCCAUCUGUCUAAAGCACCAUACGCUGCGUUUUUGGCACGUGCCGAGAUUCUGAAUGGGUUCGUAGAGCGCAACUCGGCAUUUCUCGCUAAGCUCGCUGUUCAGUACGACCGGAUUAUGGCCAAAGUAUCACUAGCUGACCUAGAAAAACUAAUUGGUGAUUUGCAAGACCACCACCGCCGAAACCCUUCAAUUAGUUCGACGAAUACGUUGCACUUGCAGCAUCUUACUGAGUUUCUGAUCGAUCUGCAAAAGUGCAUAGAGUACACUAAGGCUUUGCUAGACCUCAAGGAAGUCUUUGCUGCCGCAAGAAAACUAGCAAAACCCUCCAAUCGCAUGUUGUUCUAUCUUGCUCAGAGCCAUCACACGAUCUAUUGGAUCUUCUUGGCCCAGCUAAUCGAAAAUACCCCUGGUACUAUCAAUAAUAGAGAUCUAAAAAUACGCAACUACAUUCGGCGUAUGAUAAAGGUAAGAAUCAGCCAGAUUAAGCCGGCCUUGGCCAGUAGUUUUAUUGUUAAACUGAGUGAAAUCGUCCGAUCGCAGGUUCCUUUCCAGACCGAACUCAAUAAGAUUUUCACCUACGCUGAUCAAUGCUUGCAAUCAACUGCUCACCCGCUUUUGGUAUCUAAGCCCCGCCAAAAGGAUGGCUUCUAUGCCGAGGUACCGGCAAUUGUGAUUUUCGAGAACCUCGUGCCAAUUGUUCGUCGAGCUGCUAACAUCAACUUAAAGCCGUACCAGGACAUAGUAGCUGAAUACGAUCCAAGUAACAUCAAGCAAUUUGCAGACGGUUUGGCCAUAGCUCUAACUAAGGUGCGCGCUUUGAUGUCGUCUUUGCAGAAUGAUGUGCUGGCCGAGAAGUACCAGCCAUUGGUUAAUUUCAUCCAGCACAUUUACCAGCAAAACCCCAGCCAGCACAUUUGGCCAUUAGAGCUUGCUAGGUACCAACUUAUUCGCCGCCGCUGUCUCAAAGCUUCAGCAGCCGAUAAAUCCGUUGGCAUAAGUAAAGCCCUACAACACAAGUCCGCAAUCAAGCAAUUCGCUAAAGAACAAAUCGUUCAUGUUUUAGCCAGCGCCUUAGUAACUAAGGGUGCUUAUAUUACUACACUGUGCGACCAUAUCCACCAUCUCACCAAGAGCCUUGCCUAUAGCUGCCGCCUGCCAAAAGCACAUGAAAUCACUCAGAAUGAAUACUCCCUCUACUGUCUCAAAAAGUACAUAUACCAGCUGAAUAUCAUUGACAUCUUCUUUACCACUGUCGGCUUUGACCUGCCUACAACAGUUACUGCUAAAGAGUAUAAAGAGUUCUACCAGUGCUUAGCUGAUGUUCUCAAUGAUAAUGGUGACACGGUCAACUCAGACUCAACAGAUAUGAAUGCCCAGUCAUCAAGUACCACUAAAAACCCUAGCCAUGAUAUGCAAACCAGAAUCAAACAUGCCAUCCGAAAAGUCUAUCGGCUCAACCCAGGACCGUUUUAUGCCCAGAUUAACAAGUUCUUAAACCAUCUUCCACUAGCUUAUAUCACCGACCAAAGCAUUCUUGAACCCGAACUUAACUCCGCCUCUUUUGUUGCUCAACUCAAAGCCGGUUACGACCACAAUGAUGACAUUACUCCCGAUCUACUGAAAUAA